CAUUCCCACCUCUUCAGCCUUUCUUUCCCUGGAAGCAGGCUGUUCUUCCUUUAAAUCACUCUCUGCAUCUCAUCUCCAGAAUGAAGAGCUAAUGACCGCACUGCAUUGGUAGCAGAAGCCUAAGAUGUGAGGGGAAGAGAGAGAGAGAGAGAGAGAGAGAGAGAGAGAGAGAGAGAGAGAUGCUGCUGGAUAGAGAAUCCAUAGAUUUGGUGUUGGUCCCAGCUGGGCUGGCCAUGAUGUUUGGGUACCAUCUCUUCCUUCUUUACAGGAUCCUCAGGUUUCCCCACACCACCGUGAUUGGCUACGAGAACCAUAACAAACGAGCCUGGGUCGAGCGGAUGUUGCAGACAACUCCAGAGGAAUCUGGAAUAGCUCUGCAGGUGAUCGCAAGCAGUAUAGCAGCAUCCAGCAACCUGGCUUCCCUCUCCAUUGCUCUGAGCUCCCUCAUCGGCACCUGGAUAGGGAGCAGCUCCAAGGUGCUGAUGACCGAAGUCGUCUACGGGGACACAAGCCCAACCACCUCAUCCGUCAAGUACGUCUCCCUGCUCAUCUGCUUCUUGGCCGCCUUCACCUGCUUCAUCCAGUCGGCGCGAUACUUGGUCCACGCCAGCUUCAUGAUGAGCACGCUGGAUUCCGACAUACCCGUGAGCUACGUCCAGACAGCAGUGAUCAGGGGCAGCAACUUCUGGUCGAUGGGUCUGAGAGCAAUGUACUUCGCCACAACCUUGCUGCUUUGGAUCUUUGGACCCAUUCCAAUGUUUGCUUGCUCGGUGUUCAUGGUGACGAUGCUGCACUUCCUUGAUUCUAACUCCACUCCGCUGCACCAGUUCAGAUACUACACAAACAAGGGGGUGGAGAAAAAGAUGAUGAACCGAAGACCUACGAGCACCGCAAGCAGCAUUCACGACAACCCCAUGUAUACUCCGGUCACAUGUAUAAGCUGAGAAGAACUGAGAUGACUCGAUUGAUGAGAAAUGAUUUUUCUUACAGGAAACUUAGAAUGUAAUAACCAAAGUUGUAGUGGAUUAUGAUGAUGGAAUUCUUUCUCUUCUUCUUCA